AUGGCAAGAAGACAUUUACUGUUUGUUUAUAUUAUUUUCUGCUCCAGCAAUAAUGCACCAAUGCGACAAGUUAAUCAGGAAGGUGUAAGGGAUGGCGGUGCUGCGAUAGAGGAUGAAAAUAUGAAUGCUGGUAUGAUGGGUGGUGGUGGCGGUGAUGCUGGUGGUGGUGGUAUGAUGGGUGGUGGUGGCGGUGAUGCUGGUGGUGGUGGCGGUGGUGGUGGUGGUGGUGGUGGUGGUGGUAUGAUGGGUGGUGGUGGUGGUAUGAUGGGUGGUGGUGGUGGUAUGAUGGGUGGUGGUGGUGGCGAUGCUGGCGGUGGUGGUGGUGAUGCUGGUGGUGGCGGUAUGACGGGCGGUGGUGGCGGUGAUGCUGGUGGCGGUGGCGGUGGUGGUGGUGGUAUGAUGGGUGGUGGUGGCGGUGGUGGUGGUGGUGAUGCUGGUGGCGGUGGUGGUGGUGGUGGUGGUGGUGGUGGUGGUGGUGGUGGUGAUGCUGGUGGUGGUGGCGGUGGUGGUGGUGAUGCUGGUGGUGGUGGUAUGAUGGGUGGUGGUGGCGGUGAUGGUGGUGGUAUGAUGGGUGGUGGUGGCGGUGAUGCUGGUGGUGGUGGCGGUGGUGGUGGUGAUGAUGGUGGUGGUGGUAUGAUGGGUGGUGGUGGCGGUGGUGGUGGUGGUAUGAUGGGUGGUGGUGGCGGUGAUGCUGGUGGCGGUGGCGGUGGUGGUGGUGGUAUGAUGGGUGGUGGUGGCGGUGAUGCUGGUGGUGGUGGCGGUGGUGGUGGUGAUGCUGGUGGUGGUGGUAUGAUGGGUGGUGGUGGCGGUGAUGCUGGUGGUGGUGGUGGUGGCGGUGGUGGUGGUGGUGGUGGCGGUGGUGGUGGUGAUGCUGGUGGUGGUGGUAUGAUGGGUGGUGGUGGCGGUGGUGGUGGUGGUGGUGGUGGUGGUGGUGGUGAUGCUGGUGGUGGUGGUAUGAUGGGUGGUGGUGGCGGUGAUGCUGGUGGUGGUGGCGGUGGUGGUGGUGGCGGUGGUGGUGGUGAUGCUGGUGGUGGUGGCGGUGGUGGUGGUGAUGCUGGUGGUGGUGGUAUGAUGGGUGGUGGUGGCGGUGAUGCUGGUGGUGGCGGUGAUGCUGGUGGUGGUGGCGGCGGUGGUGGUGGUGAUGCUGGUGGUGGUGGUAUGAUGGGUGGUGGUGGCGGUGGUGAUGCUGGUGGUGGCGGUGAUGCUGGUGGUGGUGGCGGUGGUGGUGGUGAUGCUGGUGGUGGCGGUGAUGCUGGUGGUGGUGGCGGUGGUGGUGGUGAUGCUGGUGGUGGUGGCGGUGGUGGUGGUGAUGCUGGUGGUGGUGGUAUGAUGGGUGGUGGUGGCGGUGGUGAUGCUGGUGGUGGUGGUGAUGCUGGUGGUGGUGGCGGUGGUGGUGGUGGUGGUGAUGCUGGUGGUGGUGGUAUGAUGGGUGGUGGUGGUGGUGAUGCUGGUGGUGAUGGUAUGAUGGCUGCUGAUGGUGGUGUUGUGGCGGUUGCUGCAGAUUUCGUAAUGAAGGAUGCGGUUGAUAGCAUAGAUUGUAAUCGAGACAAGAUUUGGGUGAAUGGUCAGUGUAAACCGGACUUUUUGGAGAUUGAAAGCGAAACAGCAAUUUCAAAAUUGGAACCGCUUAAUUCAUACAAAAUCCAAAAUUCAGAAGCAAUGGAAUAUGGAAUAAGCAAUGCAAGAAACGAACCUCUAAUAAUUCUCGCAAAGAGCAUUCUUGAUUUAAUAAAAUAG